GGCCGCGCGCGAAAAUCUGAAAAUAAUUUGAAAAAAAUCGUGAAAAGUGAUAAGGAGAGGUGAUAACGCAGCGACGGCUCCGCCGCCGCCGAGAGACCGCCCCGCCGGGCAACGCGAUUUUUUCAUUGGCAGUUCAAAUCACGCUAGUUCAAAAAUUAUACCUAGUAGGAAAUCGGGCGCCCUCGGUUUCAUAUAAAAUAGUUGGAUAUCGUCGUUUUCCAUCAUUUCAGCGCCGCCGACCACUGCAAACGGUGUCUUCUACGGCUCUACUCCAACUCCUCUAGCUGCCGACGACCCAGCCGCUGCGUGAGCGUUUUGUCAUUUAUUUUUGUUAGUGUUUCUUUUUGUUUUUUUCCACCGUCGUAAUCUACGUAGUAGACCACGUCGACGACGAUAUCGCAUCGGGUUUACAGUUAGUCACGUAAAAAACGAGUACCGGUUUUUUAAAUUUUCAAGUUUUCACAUUCUUGGAGCAAAAGCAAGUGUACGCCGCCCACACGAUUCAUCGAAAUAUAAUUUUGAAACAAAUGUUAAGGUCCACUGGCAACAUUUAUGACAUUUUUUCUACAACUCAAACACUUUCCAACAGCUCAACAACUCAACCUCUAAAAUCUAUGGUAUUAGAUCAACAACUCAACAGGAAUCAACUUUUCAACAGAUUUAAAACAAUUGUACAAAUUUUAACCUUUUCAGACUUAAUUAUUUUGACGUAAUUUUUACUUCAAAAUAAAUUUAUUAGUUCUGAAAGGGAUACUGGCAAUUGGAACUCAAAUAGUGUUAAAUCUUUCAGGCACAAGAUUUAUUUUUAAAUUUAAUAAAAAUUAUAAAAUAUAAUAUAAACAUAUCAUUAAUAAAUUUUAACGAUUUUAAUUGUCUAGCAAGAUCAGAUAUUGUAACUAUUAAUAACGGAAACAAUAAUUUUAGAUUUGAUCACAAUAAUUUCUAUCCUAGACCUCCCAGUGCUCAUAUCUCAAAUAUCAACACCGACGGUUUUUACCCGGAUAUUCAGUUGGCUAGACAUCAUAUCGUUCCUUAUAAUUUAUUUAAAAUUUUUUUUACUUUAAUCGUUAAAUUAUCUAAUACGAAUAAUGGAAUGCAUACUGAAUAUAGAAGAUUAUUAUCAAAAAGUAUAAAUGAUUUAACCAAUUCUUAUAUUAGACAAAAUAAUGUAGGGAAUCAGGCUUAUAUUUCUAAAUCUGGAACAAGUGGAGGAACAGUAUUUGUUCCAAACGAAGCAUAUAGACAAUCCAUUAUUAGAUUUACAGCCGAGGGUGUAAAUCCUAUAUCAUUUAACGGUGUAAGUGUUCAAUAUAGAGAUUAUAAUAAUAAUCAAGAAUUGUUAUUUUUGACAAUGUGUUCUUGGUUACCAGGAAAUAUUUUUUCAGGACCAAUUCCCAACCUUAGAAUGGACGAUCCAGGUGAUGGCUUUGAAACGAAUUCCAGACCAAUUGUAGGAGAAAAUCAAUAUUCUUUAGCAUCUGAAUUGAAUAUUUUACUAAAAAAUUUAACAUACGAAAAUCAUGACGUUCAGAGAAUUAGUAGAGUUUUUGAUAUUAUACGAUUUUUUUCUGAUAUGCCUGUAACAGAAUUUAAUUCUCGAAAUUGGGAAAUUGUAGAAGUAAAAUCUAAAAAAAAUACAGUCGUAAAACAAUGGCGUAUAAAAAAUGUUAAUUUAAGACCUAGGAAAAAAAGAAAUUUCGAUCAACAAACAACUCAAUUAAAUAUACAGUAUAAACAAAACGCGUUUUGCGAUCCUAUUGAUUUAUUGAGUAUAAUUUAUUUUAUAAAUAAAAACAAUAAUGAAAAGGAAAAACAAGAAAAACAAAAAAAACUAGAAAAGGAAAAAAAAGGAAAUACAAGAAAAACAAAGUAAAAAAUCUUUAUGUGGUGCUGCUGUUCCAGCAACAACUUUAGUUGGUUUAUUAGGAGUUUGGUGUUGGAAUAACAGCUUUUACUUUUUCUGCUGUAAUUUGCUCUUGAACAAACCUUUCAAUCCUAAUUCCACACUUAAAAGUCCUUAAUAAUAUAUUCAAAUUACAUUAACCCUUUGAGUCCCAAUUGCCAUUAUAAUGUAUAUUUUUAUGUUAAUUUAACAAUAUGUAAAACAAAAACUUGCAAUAUAUAAACAUUUUCUCCUCGAAGAAAAUAAUAUAAACAUUAUAAUAACAUAUUAUAAUAUA